AUGUCAAGACGGUUUACCUCUGCAGAGAAGGGCAAAGGGCUUGCGCUCUUUGAACCUUCCCCCCCUCGACUCCGGAUACGAGCUCCAGCCAUGGAUACCUCAGAUCUAGUCCGAAAGAAUGCCCUUACGCUCAUCGGCCGUCUCACCAACCCUGAAGAACAACGAAUGAAAUCAAUGCUUCCCUACUUUGCCAACAAAUGGGAACUUCGAGGCAACGUGACCGGCUCUGACCUGGGACACGGCUGCUUCCAAUUCCGCUUUGAUUACGAUGAAGACCUAAAGAAGGUCCUGGAAAACCGCCCCUACCAAUACUCUCGCUGGAUGCUCAUCCUCGAGAAAUGGAAGCCGAUUAUCUCUCCGACCUUCCCGUCACAGAUCCCCUUCUGGAUCUCCCUCAGAGGCCUCCCACUACACUACUGGAAGAGUGAGCUUCUUCGCAGCAUUGGAGAAAAGCUAGGCACGCUCGAUUCCUUUGAACUUACCUCUACUGCAGCAAAAAUCCGAGUGGACAUCAACGGCCUAAACCCCAUCACUAAAGAGGCCAUAGUGGAGUUUGAAGGCGGCUACAAAGCUCUGGUAACUCUGGAAUACCACAAGCUUGAUAAACACUGCACCUACUGCCUAAAAUUAACCCAUGAAGAAAGGGAGUGCCCUACAAACCCUAGAUCUGCCCUGCGGCUGCAGAAAGAGAAGGAGAAGGAGAGGGAGAUAGAAAAACCAAACCACCUGAAACCGCCCUUCUUUACUAGCUCCAGGGACCACGCCCCUAACCUGCCUCAUAGAAGAACGGAAGCCAACUCUGGAACCCGGUCAGCAACGAGACAAAGCUCUCACCCUCAAACCCCCCCCAGAUCGAAUUCUCACAGAGAGCAUCACAGACUUCCUCCACGCCACAACCGCGGGCACCCAAACCCCUCUCCACCCUACCAAAGGCAGCGCCGAGACUCGCUCAGGCACUCUGACUCAGGAAGUGCAAGGCACGGAUCCUCCAAAGAUUCCCCAGAGGAAGCCCAUAGAAGAAAUCGUCGCUCCCCUAGAAGUCAACCUACACACCACGUCUGGAGAGAAAAAGUUAUUCAAAGAACGGAGACUAUGGAAGAUAACUAUAGCCCAAGUCUGAGGAGAUCUGUUCCGGUUGGAAGAAACCUGGAACAAGACGACUUCCCAACCCCACCGCCGAGAAUCCAAACAGAGGAGGAAAUUCUCCAAGACUUGCAUGACAUUGAUGUCCGCUACAUCAACUGUGGAGACCCAAUCGAAAGCGCUGCAAGAAGGAAACGCGUCCUAGAAGGAGAUUUACAGGGACUGGGAGGAGAAACAGCUGCUUUCCUCUACAAUGCUCCUUCAAAUCAAGCUCAUCCCUUGCCUGAACAGCUUGAUUACAUACCUCCAACUGAGGCGGGACAAGUGGAGCAAAUGCCCUUUGGCAAUAUCGAUGCCGGAGAUACUUUAAACCCCAUUGGAGAACCAGAGAUGGAGUUAGUCCUAACCAACAACAAGAGGAAAAGAGGUCGACCCCCAACCAAAAAUCAAAUAUCCACAUCAGCUGGCCCCAGCAGAAGGAAAACAAAGAACCAAAAAAGCUUUCCAAUGAUGCGAAUCUCACCUCUCUCUAAAAUAAGUUACCAGAGAGCAUCUCCAAGUACACACAACAAUGGCACCAGGCAUAACAACCGAGCAAUCACCCGACAAACACAACAACAAGUAGAAGGAAGAUCUUCAGCAACACCUCCUCCAAUGCCACCAAACCCUGCGCAAAACACAGCAAACCCUGAGAAGUCAAGAGACAGAGCGGAUUUUCGGAUUCCGCGAAGUCCUCUUGCUUAA